GAGAGAGAGAGUCAAGAGAGUGCCCUAGGUUUAAUCACAUGGAUCUCCUUGUUUGCUGAGAAAAAUCAAACCUCCAAUUUCACUCGGAUUCAAAUUCUUGCUUUGGUGAAUUGAAUAGUGAUCCCAUAUUUUUACUCUCACAAAUCGUUGGGCUGUUCUCAAAGAGUCCACAGAGGGGUCCUGAGAAAAGCGAAGAAAAACAAUGGACGAUAGCUGUGCUGUCUGUGCUGAGACACUUCAAUGGGUUGCUUAUGGGCCCUGUGGCCAUCGGGAGGUCUGCUCCACCUGCAUUGUUCGCCUCCGUUUCAUCUGUGGUGAUUCCCGUUGCUGCCUUUGCAAGAGUGAAUCUAAGAUUGUCUUUGUCACCAAGGCGUUAGGGGACUAUACAAGGAUGAUAAAUGACUUUUCUACUUUUCCAGCUCCUCUAGUGGAGGGUCAACUUGGACCUUACUGGUACCAUGAAGGGACACAAUCCUAUUUUGAUGAUGUUGAUCAUUACAAGAUGAUAAAGGCCAUGUGCAGGCUAUCAUGUAGUCUCUGUAAUAAGAUUACUGAACAAAGGAGUGAAGUGUCGAAGAAAAAAGGGGCAUUUAAAAAUGUUGAGCAGCUGAAAAGUCAUUUGAUUCAUCGGCAUAGGCUGUUCAUGUGCAGUCUGUGCUUGGAGGGAAGGAAGAUAUUCAUCUGUGAGCAAAAGUUAUACACUAAAGCACAAUUGGAAUGGCAUACAGCGACAGGUGAUUCCGAGGUAGAUGGCAGUGAGAGUGAAAGAGGUGGGUUUAGUGGACACCCUAUGUGUGAGUUUUGCAAAAUUCCAUUUUAUGGAGAAAAUGAGCUGUACAUGCAUAUGACUACCGAGCAUUUUACUUGUCAUAUAUGCCAAAGGCAGCGUCCAGGCCAGUAUAAACACUACAGUGACUAUGACAACUUGGAGGCUCAUUUUCAAGAAGCGCAUUUCUUAUGCAAGGAUGAUGCCUGCCUGACAAAAAAAUUUGUUGUUUUUGCAACCGAAUCUGAAAUGAAGAGGCAUAAUGCCAUAGAACAUGGAGGGAACAUGUCUCGCUCCCGGCGUAGCGCUGCUCUUCAGAUACCAAUAGGCUUCUGGUGUAGGAGAAGUGAUGAGGAGACUCAUCAUGGACCCCCUGGUGGAGAACAUGGUGAUAUUAAUGCUGAAGAUAAUCAACUUUCCCUGACUGUUCAAGCUAGUGUCGAUACAGCCAAUGCAGAAAGGUUUUGUAAUACAUCCUCCUCUGGGAUUAUUGCUAGCUGUUUUGAGUCAUUAGCUACUACAGAGACUGAGUCAUCUGUAAGAUGCUCUAAUGCUUUAAGAGAAAACUCUCCUAAUGUACUAGCAGAAGAAUCAGCCUUCCCUCCACUUCCUCUGGCUCGAAGUAGUAGGCAACAGAAGUUUAGAAAUGGUUCUGAACGGAAGGAUGGUGGCACAAUGGCUUCUCGCGUUCGUCGCCUUAAUACUGUACAUGUCCUGAAUUCUUCUUCAGCUUGGCCCACAGCAAGUCGUCAACCUAAAUCAUCUGUCAGUAGUUCUCAGCAGUUAUCAUCAUCUAGUUCUCCUGUAGUUUCCCAGAGUAAUACUGCAACAAGUAAUAGGACUAUGCUUUCCGGAUAUACAACUCCUGGUCCAGUUAGACAAGCUGCAGCUAAUGGUCUUGUAUCUUCCAAUUUUCUUAGUACAGGGAAGUCACCUAGCACUAGUAAGGUUGGCCACUCUACUUCAGCCCCAAACCUUGUUGUGAGAGGAUCGAUAGACUCUGAUUUUCCUUCUGUAUCUGCUACUCAAACUAUUAGGGAACCUGCAAGUAGUAGGAUAAUUAUUCCCAAGGUCAGAGACGUUCAGACUGCCAACAAGUCCCUUGUAGAAAAAAUCCGUGAUGCAUUAGAAUUUGAUGAGAACAAAUUCACUACAUUUAAAGAAUUGUCUGGAAUGUACCGCAAGGAUUUAAUUAAUACAGGGGAAUAUCUGGCUUCUGUGGAUCAGUUUGGCCUGUCACACUUAGUUCUUGAGCUAGCUCAACUGUGUCCUGAUGCCGAGAAGCGAAGAGAGCUUGUUGAGACUUACAAUUUCAAUAUGAAGAGCAGUGGUUCUCAUGGAAAGUCAAAGAGCAGUUCUAAGAAAGGCAAGGAGAAAUGCACAGAUAAUGGAAUCACUAGUUCGAAUGAUGCUUUAAAGUUGAAUUGUAAACCCCCUGUUGAAGAUGCAGUGGUCGUACUGAAGAAUGACCAUCGCUCUAGCAAAGGAAAGUCGAAGAUAUCAGUUGAGGAUGAACAGAUCAACCUGGAUUUGGGAAAUCAUGUGCCUAUAGGUCAGAAUGGUUCUCAGUCAGCUGGUGGCAGCUCAAAGAAAGUAGCUAACAAGCAACAAAAGAAGGUUCCCAAGUUUCUCAGAAACCGCCUCGGUGAUGAUGCUGUAGCACUAGCAGAAAUAGGUGAUGCUGAAAUUGGUCCUGGCCUGAUUGAAGAAAAAACAGAUAGAGACAAGGAUCCCCCUGAAGGGUUGCCCGUUCGCGGUGCUUGGCAAAAUGGAGGUGGCCUUAAACUUGUGAAAAUGACCAUGAGAAACACUCCGAAACGGGGAGUUUUCUGACCUAAGCGCAAUAUUUACCAGUUAGUAUUAAGAGGGAUGGCACCAGAUCGACCAUUUCUUUUUGUAUGAAAGCUUGUAUAUGGUCUGUGUUUUCCGCAGUAGU